AUGUCUGUGCCAAGAGAUGGUGAUCGAAACAUGAUUCUUGGAAGAAGCUUUUUUGUUACUCCAUCUGAUUCUGUUGCAAUUAUUGCUGCCAAUGCCCAAGAUGCUAUUCCAUAUUUCCAGUCCGGGCCUAAGGGUUUGGCUCGAUCAAUGCCCACUAGUGGUUCUCUAGAUCGCGUUGCCCAAAAGCUAAACCUCCCCUUUUUGAGCUAUGCCCCUCAGGUUCCAACUGGUUGGAAGUUCUUUGGUAAUCUAAUGGAUGCUGGAAAAUUGUCAAUCUGUGGGGAAGAAAGUUUUGGGACUGGUUCGGACCACAUCCGUGAAAAGGAUGGUAUAUGGGCUGUUUUAGCUUGGCUUUCAAUACUUGCAUAUCGGAACAAGGACAAAACAUCAGGGGAUAUAUUGGUUUCUGUUGCUGAUGUUGUGAAGGAGCACUGGGCCACUUAUGGAAGGAACUUCUUUUCGAGAUAUGACUAUGAGGAAUGUGAAUCAGAAGGAGCAAAUAACAUGAUCGAGUAUCUUCGGGAUUUGAUUUCUAAAAGCAAGGCUGGUGAUAAGUAUGGUUCUCCUGCAGGAAGUUAUAUCCUAGAUUUUGCUGAUGACUUCGCCUACACUGAUCCUGUCGAUGGAAGUGUCGCAUCCAAACAGGGGGUUCGCUUUGUUUUCAGUGACGGGUCCCGGAUCAUCUUUCGACUAUCGGGUACUGGGUCUGCUGGUGCAACAGUGAGAAUAUAUAUCGAACAGUUUGAGCCGGAUGCAUCCAAACACGACAUGGAUGCUCAAAUUGCUUUGAAACCAUUGAUAGAUCUCGCUCUUUCUGUAUCAAAGCUAAAGGACUUCACAGGAAGAGAGAAGCCCACUGUCAUCACAUAAGGUCAUAAAUAUCUGCAACUACAAUUGCUUAGGGGAAGCCUUCUUGUGACAGUUCUAGCAGGUUGGACGCUUCCUUUGUUCCUGAAUUUCAUGUGAUGCAUGGUUCUUCCUCAUUUGGCUGCAUGUAGACAUAGUCUUUUAAGGACCAGAAUUAAAAUCAUGUAAAUUAUGUAUAAUUAUCUGAUGAAAAUUAGAACACAUGAUUGGAGUAUUUAAUCAAUAGAAAGCUGCUGCACUAGAAUUUUUAUUUCUUCCUAGAAGUUUUGUUAAAUUUGUAAUAAGUUGACCCUUUAACUUAUUGCUUUUUCUUUGGCACAUUAGAAAUUGAGACUUUGAACUAA